AUUUUUAACAGUUGCAAUUUUGAUUAUAAAUGUUAGUACAAAUGUUUCUUUUAAAAAAUAUUUUUACUUUUGAGACUUUCGUCAUUGCCCAAUUAUGGAUUACAGGUACGAAACCUUCCCUCCCUCCAUCCUGGCCCGUCACUCUUUUAACUUGAAUUUGAGUGGCAUGCCUUGGAAAAUUGUGCAACAAGGUUAUUCAAAAAACAUUACAUUAUAAUGCUUUCAAUUACAGCUUGUGAUGAAGAGAUUAAAAGGGGUACUGUUUGUGAACAUAGAACUUUGAGUCUCAAAUGUCCCCUGGAAACUGUGAUUGAAGUUUCCUCAGCAAACUACGGACGUCUUUCAAAACAUAUUUGCCAUUCUGCAACCUCGCAUCGUACAACUACGUGCAGAGCAUCCUCCUCGCUAAACAAAGUUAGAUCAAGUUGCAAUGGAAAACAGUCUUGCAAAAUUUCAGCAUCAAAUAGAGUAUUCGGUGACCCCUGCGUUGGUAUCUUUAAGUAUUUGGAAGUCAAUUUCAUAUGCAGAAGAAUACGCCCGCAAGAUAUUGCAUGUGAACACAAAACAUUCAACGCUCAAUGUCCACGUGGCACUAUGAUCCGAAUAACUUACGCUAACUAUGGCCGCCUUUCCAAAAAUAUCUGUCCUGGAGGAAACUCCCACAGUACAACAACAUGCAGGGCAAGGUCAUCUUUGGCUAAAGUUAGUGCUGCUUGUAAUGGUAAGAGGUCAUGCAGCAUCGGCGCAUCUAACAGAGUGUUCGGUGAUCCUUGUCAUGGUGUUUACAAAUAUUUAUCUGUGCACCAUUCCUGUCUGAAAAUACAUGAAGGAGAAGCUUGUGAACACAAACGUGUAUCUUUAAGAUGCCCUGCAGGCUUGAAGAUUAAAGUUACAUAUGCAAUGUACGGGCGUCUUUCAAAAUUUAAAUGUCCUAGUUCAACAUCACACCGUACUACCACAUGCAGAGCCUCUUCUUCUCUUCGUAAAGUAGCACACGCAUGUAAUGGAAAGCGUUCAUGCUCUAUCGCUGCUUCUAAUGGAAUCUUUGGUGAUCCCUGCUGGGGAAUAUUUAAGUAUUUAAGCGUUCAACACAUAUGUGUCUGAGCUUGCACUGAUUCCAUUUUUGUCCUCAUCGGGAUCUGGCACAUUUUUAAAUAAAACGUUACAAAACUUAUAUCAUGCAGUGGCAAAGGCAAUUUUUGGUGACACACAUGUUUUUAUAAUUAAUAAAGCACCCAAAUUAAUAAAUAAAUGCAUGUGUUUUGAUUUUAUCCUCCUCUUUUGGGCACGCUCAUAACUCAGCAACCUUAUCUUAUAUACUAUAAUUAAUUUUCUCAUUAUCUUAGUAGAGUAGACGGCUCCUAUCAUUCCCGAAUUAGUUACAAUUUUAAGAAGGAGCCCAUAGGGCUUUAAAUAUUUCUGCAGCGCAUCAACAAGGAACCUUACACUAAAUUACGUAAAAAAGGCGAAUAAAAAACUAUUUGAUAGCAUCCAUAAAGUAAAU